GUGUUGGCAAUGCCGUUAGUUUCUUAAGAAAUCUCUCGUAAUAAACUACUACUUUGUGUGCGUGUUUUCUUCAACAAAUUUUCUGUGACCAAUCAGUUAAGUGUAUUACUAAUAAAUUAAAAUAUAAUUUUAUAACAAAAUUGAAUGUGAAAGGAAAUGUAUUGAGAACGAUUGUAUAAAAUAAAAAUUGUGUGUUCGCGGAGAAAAGGAGUGUGUUGUGUAAAAGAAGUUGCACCACAAUCGCCGUGCUUUGACUUUAUUUCUUUGUGGGAGGAGCGCAAAUCCAGCGACAUCCAAAAAAGGCAACUCAAUUCGUAAACCCCUUAUAUACACCCAUAUUGCCGUAUAAACAAACAAACGUCACCGUGGCUAAGGGAAAUCGAAAAUCGUACACCUCCACAACCGCUGCCAUCACUAGUAAAGCCCGCAAAAUGGCAUCUACCGGCGAUAUUUGGUUACAAUGGUUCUCCUGCUGUUUCCAUCAACCACAAUCACCGUCACGGCGACGCCAUCAACGCCUGCACAUCGAUCGUUCGAUGAUCGGCAAUCCAACGAAUUUUGUGCACACUGGACAUAUCGGUUCGGCCGAUGUAGAACUCUCCACGAAUCAUUUAAAUGCAUUGCAAACACAAAUGCAGAGCAAAGGUGGCUAUGAAAUGAACUCUAUACGAUUGCAGGCCUGCUGAUGUUAAUCGAUGCUGACGAGGCUACUGAUACCACUAGCAGCACAGCACUCAUUGGUGGAUUUUCGAACAACACUGCAACGGGCUUUUCAUACAUACACAAAUAUAUGUACAUAUUAACAUACAUGCAUACAAUAUUGUAUUAGCCCAAUCAGCGUAGUGCAAUCAAUUGAAUCUCGCGUAUACAUACAUACAUAUUUACAAAGAGUUUAAAAUACGCACGCAACGAUUAACGGUAUUCAACUAUUAAGUAAUACGUUUAUAUUUAAUAUUGUAUGUAUUGCAAUAAGACUUUAAACUAAAAAAAAAACGAUGAGUUGUAAUAAGUAUUUUAACACACUACUUUUAAAUCUUGAUAGCAUAACAUUUAACUUGCUCGGAAAAAAAUCAAAAUUUAGUAAUUAAUUUUAGCUCUUUGCGAAAUUUUCUAAAUUGAUUGCUCUCUGCCCCGACAAUAAGGUGUUCUUCCAAAUAAAAGGAGGUUAUGCUUAGCUUAUUUGGUUUAAUAUCACUUAUAUACCAUUUCGAAUAUUUUAAUGCAUUGAGCAAUCAAAGAUUUUAUUUUAUAUUGUAAGAUAAAUUAUAUUAUCGCAUACAACUUAUACAAACAAAAUAAUUAUUUUAUCAUAAGGAGGCACUAAUUUAUAUGCGGGUAAAGUAAAUGUCAAUAACCCUUUGGUUUUUGUGGCGAUUGCAAAGAAUGUGAUGUCAUUUCGUUCGCCUUGUUUGUAAGUCUACAAGCGCCUUUAAUGUAAUUGACAAUGUAGAGGAGUAAUUUAUGCGAUUUUUACUUACUAUAAAUAAAUUAUAUAGCGUGUGUGAAAAUGCACUUAUGUAUGUAAAAAUGCUUUUUGAAAGUAUGUAGGUGACGUAUGUAAGAGAUUAUGUACAUAAUAUGUGCCUUUAGUUUUUUAUUAUGAAUUAAUUUUGUUUUUUGAAAAAUUAUACAACAUUAUUAAUGACCAAAAUCGAACCGAAAUGUUUAAUUAAUUUUUAUUUUACCGAAAACUUUAUGCGCACUUAUACGCAUGUACUUAAUAAAAAAGCAAUUGUAUGCUUUUUACAUUUCGAACUUCAUAUCGAAAUUCGAAGGCAUUUGUUACAAAUAUAACGGGUUUUAAACAUUUUUACUAGCAUUUUAAAACAGCCAAACUUCAUUUUAAUUGAACUGAAAGCAUUUCUUUACAAAUAUAAAUACAUACAAAAGAGAUCGGAAAAUGUUUAAAAAAAUAUAUAAAAACGUACAUGAAUGAAUAUAAACAAUAAUAGCGAAAAUUGUGUUAACAGAUGAAUUGUUGAAUUUCCUAAAUGCAUUUACACACGCACAAUCAUACAGAAAUACAGACACACAUACUUAUAGAAAUACAUAGUGAAUAAUGCAAGCGUAAAGUACAUAUCCUCAUAUGUACUUAUGUAUGUACCACAAAAAACCUAUUUAUAUAAAUAUAUAUGUAUAUUUAUUAUGUACUAAUUACAAUAUUAAUAGCAAAUAAAUACUUUUUGUAUUAACUUUAUGAAACAUUUCACUUCUCGCUGAAAAUCGUGUAUACUUUUUUGUAUUAUGAAAUUUGAAUUGUAAAAAUUAUAUACAUACAUACAUACAUAUGUAAGUUCAGAAUUACUGACUGUCCUUGCAAAAAUAUUGUAAUAAAUAAAAUUUGAGAUUGUAUUAUAGAAAAUCCUUUUGCAUGAAAUGGGAAAUUUUUUUCAAAUUUUACGUAUAUGUAUAUUUACCAUAAUAAUUUACCUGUACGAUUAUAUUUUAACGAAAUAUGAAUUAUUUGGACUCGAAAUUAUGAAAUAAACCCAUUAUACGUAACAUAUAAUGAGCACAAAUAAAAUGGUGAAAUACA